CCUUCCUCACACCAAUGCCAUCGCCAGCACCAGCACCAGCACCAGCACCAGCACCACUGCACCGGUUCUCCAAUCCGAUCAGCCCCAGCUCCAGUGUUUCCCCACAUGCCAACUCCUAAUCCCUGUGCAGCUCUGCUGCAUCUCCUCCCGCUGCUCUUAUCUCCACCAAACAAUUAGCAGUAGCUGGCCUGGACCAUCCCCACACUUAGACCUUCAUGCACCGGAAGCAAACAAGUAGCACAUCCCUUCUCUCCUGCCCACGCCAAGCACCAGAACAUCCAUCCAAUCCAGCUCAUCUUCCUCUUUUGAUUCGGUCCAAGUGAAGCAGAAAAGCCUGCUCCUCCUCACAAAUUGGCAAACUGCAGAUGCAACACCACACCACGCCAUAAAUCAGCUCCAUCUACAUCUCACUCCGAUUCCCUCUCCAAUCACUCGCUUGCUUUCCUUGCUGCGAAAGUAGAUGCUCUAUGAAAUGUAGAUACCUUUAUACGUAUGAGAUAACAAGUAGUGCAACAGUAAAGCUGCUUCCAUGCAAAUGAUUGAUUGCCGCUCUAUAUAUGCUACUCUUCAAGUCUCUUUUUAUUUGUAUGCUUUGACAUGGACAACUGUGUCUCUGCGAAAUGAAGUCCCAUGCCAUAGUUGCUCUUGCCAGCCUCCUUUGCAUCUCCAAACUUUACGGGGACGCUGCCAAUAUCAGUGAUGGAACAGAUGAUGGCACGGAGCGAUGGGGAUACGUAGAAGUCCGGCAAAAGGCGUACCUAUUUUGGUAUUACUAUAAAAGCCCUCAUCAGGUGUCAUCGCCAGAGAAGCCAUGGCCGACCAUCCUUUGGCUGCAGGGUGGUCCGGGAGGUUCAGGUGUUGGAGGUGGUAACUUCCUAGAGAUAGGGCCUCUUGACGUCAACCUUCAGACACGCAACUUGACAUGGCUACAGAAGGCUGACCUCAUCUUCGUGGACAACCCAGUUGGCGUUGGGUACAGCUAUGUUGAGGACCCAAGCGCGCUGACCAAGACAGAUCUGCAGGUGGCCACUGACCUCACGAAACUUCUCAAGGCACUCUCUAAGGAGAUACCGACCCUGCAGAGUAGCCCAUUGUUCCUUGUCGGCGAGUCCUAACUCCUACGGGGGCAAGUUCGCUGCUCUAACUGGCGUCCUUGUGGCAAGGGCUAUCCGCGCCAGCACCCUCAAACUCACUCUCGGAGGUAUUGUGCUCGGCAAUAGCUGGAUUUCGCCUGAUGAUUUUGCGCUCUCAUACCCGUGGCUUCUUCAGGCCAUGUCCAGGCUAGACGACAAUGCAGUCCCCAAGACUAUCAUGAUGGCAGUGGAAUUAAAGAAGCAAGUAGCAGCGGGGCAAUUUGCAGCUGCGCUAAAGACCUUGACUGAUCAGCUUGAUUUGAUUAACAACAGUAGUGGCAGAGUGAAUAUUAAAAACAUCAUGAUUGACAACACAAUGAGCUCGGUACUAUUAGACUUACAAGAGAGACACUCAGUGGCGAGCAGGAGCCAGGCAACAAGUUCUAGCCCAAACACAAUCAGCGGCAUCAUGAACGGUAUCAUCAAGCAAAAGCUCAAGAUUGUCCCCAAGGAUGUCAUCUGGCAGGAAGCAUCACUGCAGGUUUUCGAUGCACUGUCCAACGAUUUCAUGAAGCCAGCUAUCAACGAGGUUGAUGAGCUGCUGGCAUAUGGUGUGAAUGUGACAGUGUACAAUGGACAGUUCGACAUCCUUUGCUCGACACUUGGUGCCGAAGCAUGGGUGAGGAGGCUCAAAUGGGAUGGGCUGCAUAAAUUCUUGAGCUUGCCAAGGAAGACCAUGCACUACUGUCAUCCUUACUCCCUCACCAAUGCAUUCGUCAGGUCAUACAAGAAUUUGAACUUCUAUUGGGUCCUCGCAGCAGGACACACGGUCCCUGUUGAUCAGCCAUGCACAGCGGUUCACAUGAUCAGUAGCAUAGUGCAGUCUCCUGCUAAUUAAGAUCGAUCAGUAGCACAGUGCAGUCUCCAGCUAAUUAAGUAAACCAGUUUCCUUUAGAACUUGUAAUAAGAGUAGCCCUUUAACUUUGUGGCCAUCUACCAACGUUGUGUGAACUUUGGUAGCUAUGUGUUUCACUACUACCGAAACAGUUUUUAUGGGAGAGUAAAAACACAUUUGUAGGGGCGGUGCCGCCGUACCCGCCAAUUCUUGCAA